AUGUUGAUGCUCUUCAACUCGACCAAACGUUCCUUCAUCGAACCGCCAUUCGAUUUACCCGUCAGCUUUGCAAAUUUAUUGAAAGGACGACGAAGUUUUCACAGAGGGCAUCAGCGUUCAGUUUGCUCGCCCACAUUCUUGGUUGCAGUGUUUGUCGUGAUUCUGAAUGCAACGAUCGUUCCGGUUGUGCAAGCGCAAUGCCCUCCGCUGCAAGCACCCUGUCGGUGUGCACCAUCCAUUUAUGAGCCUGUCUCGAUCAUUUGUGAAAAUGCUGCGAGUCUUUCGGAUAUUAUUCAAGCGAUCUCACAAGCACGAAAUACACCCAUCGAUUCAUUGCUUAUUCUCGAUUCACCUGUGACAACGUUGCCAUCGAACACAUUCGUCGACUUCACAAUACUUCGUUUAGUGAUUAAUGGUUGCAAUUUGGGCAUCAUCGAAGAUGGUGCCUUCAAUGGCCCGUUGAUCGACUCGUUGGUCGAGUUGGACUUGACCGAUAAUCAGCUGGGUAUUGUACCGCAGACUGGUUUACCACGAUUGAGGAAUUUGCGUAAACUCUAUCUGAAUCGAAAUCGAAUCAGCGCACUGCAGUCUGACAGUUUCGCGCUGUAUGAGAGCCGUGAUAUCCUGUUGAAGUUAGAGUUGGCCGGAAAUCGUUUGACAAACGAUGCGCUUGGUAAUCAACAAGCGUUCAGGCCACUCAGAUCGCUGCAGCAACUGAGUCUGGAGACAAACGCUCUGACUGCUAUACCGAGUGCGGCGUUUGUCAAUCAACGGCAAACGCUCACCAAUCUCAAUCUUGGCCUAAACCAAAUCAACCAAGUCCCAGUCGGGGCGUUGGAUUUCCCGAAUUUGUCGUCACUUUCACUCGAAUUCAAUGGUAUCUCCGAAAUCAUACCACCAGCCUUUCAAGGCGUACCAAUAUUGCAAUAUUUAUAUUUGACUGGGAAUAACUUCCCGUCAUGGCAGCCAGAAAUGUUCCGCUAUAUUGGUCAGUUGAGGACGCUUGGCAUUGGUGAAACACCGAUUUCGGUGAUACCUGCAAACGCAUUUCAGUAUAUUCCACAUUUGGUUCGUUUGGAAAUGUCCGAGGCAGCUGUUGAUACCAUUGAACGUGGUGCUUUCCAACGGACACCGCACAUUCAGGCGAUAAUCCUCAAUAAAAAUCGUUUAUCACUAAUCGAUCAACUCCUCAAAGUUCCCACAAAACAUGCCUCUGAUCAUAUGCAGUCAGUCAAUGCCUUGAAUAGGAAGCUCUAUGCGGUCAACGUUGGUGGCAACCGAAUUGAACGUGUUGAACCGUUGGCGUUUGCAAAUUUACCAGAAAUCAGCAAUCUCGAUAUAAGUUUCAAUCAACUGCAAACGUUGCCCGAGAACACGUUCAUGAAUUCGUUCAUACCGCAUCCGAACGAACGACGUGUGAUGUUCGUAUGCGGUAAUCCGUGGUUGUGUGAUUCGGCACUGAAUUGGUUCCGCCAAAUGUUGCGUGAGAAUGUCGAUAUUGACAUCAAUAAACCGGGAUGUACCGCAGUUUGUGUUCAAUCCAUAAACGGUUGCCCGCCCGAGGGGACACCUCUGAGGGCUGUCGACUUCUGCGCCAACGACACAGCACUACCUCUGACCGGUAGUGCGCUCUCAUUGGUUGGCUGGAUUAUUUUAGCAAUAAUCAUGACAAUCUUAUUGAUAAGUAUUUGUUUGAUGGCACUUGUCAAGUACGGAAUAGCUUAUCGACGUAGGAAACUGAAGGAUGAAGGCGUUCUGAGUGAUGAACAACGAAUGGGUUCAUCAACAACCUCAGUUUAUCGAGUGGUCACACCGUCGGUGGUAACACGAUCACGAUCGUAUGUGGCACCAACAGGAAUGAUCGAUCUCGACCUGCCACCAGCACAUACUCUCGACGAGUAUCCAGCAACAUAUUUAUAUUGA